UCUAACGGCUAUUUCCAUUUCUACCUCUAUUUUUUUUUCUUCUCCUCUCUUCUUUCUCUACAAAUUCAACGCUCUCUCUUCGUUCACUUCACUCUCAACUAAACCCAUCCUUUCAAUGGCAUCAACCCAAUCCGGCUUCACGGAAACCAUUCAGGGUCCAAAGGUUCGGGUAGUGGCAAAAAUUCGUGGGUUUUCGGAUCCAGAUACCAAUUUCGAAACCUCCAGGAGUGUGGAAUGGGUUUCAGUGAACACGGAAAAUUCUGGGGAAGUUACCAUCUCCUUUAAAGAACAAUCCUCUAGCCGGUAUUCAGUUGACUACUGCUACAACGAACAUGAAGAUAAUGAAGUAAUCUAUUCAAAGGAGGUGAAACCUCUUGUUUCGGCUGCUUUUGAAGGUAUUAAUAGCACAAUUAUUGCUCAUGGAGCUAGAGGAAGUGGCAAAACUCAAUUAAUUCAGGGCUCUUUGGAGAAAUCGGGUUUGGCAAUGCUGGCUAUUUCGGAGUUUCUCUCUAUGGCUGAGAAAAAUGGGAAAUCUAUAGCAGUUUCUUUCUAUGAUGUUGAUCAUCAAGACCAUGCUGCUGAUUUAUUAAAUCCAGAACAAUCACCAAUUUUGGUGCUUGAAGAUCACGGAAGAAUUCAGUUUAAAGGACUUACUCAAACUCCUGUGAAAUCCAUUGCUGAGUUUCAGAAUUUAUACAUCACAGCAUGUUCUGCGCAAACGUCUGCACCCAAGAAAGGAUUUGAGGCUGCACCCAAAAAAGGACUUGAGCCUGCUCGGAGAAGCCACUUGGGAUUAAUUGUUCAUGUCUUUGAACAUAAUGAAAGUGCAAAUGGUCUUGUGAGCAAAAUGAAUUUUGUUGAUAUGGCAGGUUAUGAAGAUCCUAGAAGGAAAAGUGGCGAUGCUUCAGGUGUUGCUGAGAAUAACAAAAUUAACAAGUCAAUUUAUGCCUUACUGAAUGUUUGUCAUGCUUUGAGCGCAAAUGAAAGUCGUGUCCCCUUUCGGGAAAGUAAACUCACACGCAUGUUGCAGGACUCCUUGAGGGGAACUAGCAAAGUUUUGCUGGUUUCGUGCUUGAACCCAUCAUUUUGCCAAGACACUGUUUACAUGCUUAGCUUAGCAUCACGGUCAUGUCAAAGGUCUCAUCAAACGCCCUUUGGUUCAACGAUGAAAACUGCUAGUUCAACCAGACAGACAGUGAACUUAGAGUCCACAAAGAAAAUUGCAAGUUCAGCAAGACAAACAGUUACCUUAGAUUCCUCAAAGAAAAUUGCAAGUUCAGCAAGACAAACAGUUACUUUAGAUUCCUCAAAGAAAAGUGCGAGUUCAGUAAGACAGCCAGUUACCUUAGAUUCCACAAAGAAAAGUGCAAGUUCUGUAAGACAGACAGUAACCUUAGAUUCUACAAGGAAAAGUGCUAGUUCUGUAAGGCAGUCAAAAACCUUAGAUUCAACAAGGAAAAGUGAAAAUUCAGUAAGGCAGUCAAAAACCUUGGAUUCAACAAGGAAAAGUGAAAAUUCAGUAAGGCAGACAAAAACCUUAGAUUCAACAAGGAAAAGUGAAAAUUCAGAGACAAAAACCUUAGAUUCCACAAAGAAAAGUGCAAGUUCAGCAAGACAGACAGUGGCCUCAGUUUCCGCGAAGAAAAGUGCAAGUUCAGCAAUGCAGUUUGUGACUGUUCGUAAAAACAAGAUACCCAAAAGUGUUUCUGCAUCAACAAAAGAAUUACCAGGUUCCAUAUCUCAUACAUAUGAUGAAGAAACAUGUGUUGUUGCUAUGAAGUCUGAAAUACAAGGAAGGAAAUUGUUUGAUGAAGUCAGCCACUCUGCUGCUAAAGCCGAGAAGGAAAUUACCAUUGCUGAUGUAACCAACACAUCACAGCCUUUACUGGACAAUUCAUUAUCAGAAGAUGUAUAUCAUGUUGAACUAAACUCUAGAGUUGAAAAGGUUGACUCAUCUUUGAAUGCUAGCAGUAAAGUGGAACUUGAUCCCAAAGUGGAAAAGGGUACUUAUUUUGAGGAUAAAGAGGAGACGAAUUAUAUCAUUAAUUACUCCAAAGAUUUGUCAAUGGCUAACGAAGGUCAUAACAUGAACAAGGAGAACAACAACUUAAUGGAAAAUGAAGAUUGUUCACCACCCAUUAGUUCUCAAUUGCGUGAACUUCAAUCUCUCGUUUCAUCAACUCCAUUAUGCAUGCAGUUACCAGAGGAGAAAUUCAUUUCACUUGAUGAAAAUCAGAUUUCUACUAAAACGGCAGAACCAAAAACUUCUGAUACUGAAAACCUAGAUGUAAUGAAUAAUAAAAGUUUUUGGGAAACAUUCAGCAUGCAUGGUUAUGGAAUGAAGAAUUCUACUGAAGUUACAGAGCCAAAAACUCUUGAUAUUGAAAUAGGAGAUGUAAUGAAUGCCAAAAGUCCUUGGGAAACAUUCAACAUGCAUGGUUCUGGAAUGAAGAAUUCUACUGAAGUUACAGAAGAACCAAGAACUCCUGAUAUUGACAUACGAGAUGUAAUGAAUACCAAAAGUCAUUGGGAAACAUUUAACUUGCAUGGUUCUGGAUUCAAGAAUUCUACUGAAGUUACAGAACCAAGAACUCCUGAUAUUGACAUACGAGAUGCAAUGAAUACCAAAAGUCCUUGGGAAACAUUUAUGUUGCAUGGUUCUGGAAGGAAGAAUUCUACUAAAGUUACAGAACCAAGAACUCCUGAUGUUGACAUACGAGAUGUAAUGAAUACCAAAAGUCCUUGGGAAACAUUUAACUUGCAUGGUUCUGGAAUGAAGAAUUCUCUUGUUAAAGACUACCUUAGAAUUUUAAACACAGCGGAAAAGGAUGAAUUAAAGAAGUUAAAGGGAAUUGGAGAGAAGAGAGCAAACUAUAUACUCGAGCUUCGUGAAGAAUCUCCAGAACCUUUCAAGAGUCUUGAUGAUCUGAAGGAUAUUGGACUUUCCGAAAAACAGAUUAAGGGAAUGAUGAAGAAGGAAGUUGGAGAGCUUUUCAAUUAGUUCUAAUAACAUUAUUGAUUGCUUGUAUUAAAAUGAAAUUUAUUCUGGCAACCUAAAGUUGCCUUUGAGUUGUGUGACAUUCAUGUAUGUAUAAAUAAUUCUUUCAUUAUAUAGGAUGAAAUUAUAUAUUGGAAUA